AAUGGGACAGAUGUUGGAGUUAUCUUCUGAAGCACAUAGCUGGCUUUCUAAAUUUCCAGUUGAAAUAUGGGCAAGACACACAUUUGAUCAUAGGGUGAAGAGUGAACAUGUUACUAGCAACAUGGUUGAGUCAUUUAAUAAUUGGAUUGGUACUGUUAGGGGUAAACCUAUCUUGACAUUGUUGGAAAAUAUCAGAUUGAAACUGAUGAACAAGUUACAUAAGAGGUUUGAAGAGGCAGCUUCAUGGCAAUCUUUGGUAACCCCUAACAUUAAGAAGAAAUUGGAGGAUGUGGUUCUUCAAUCUAGACUUUGUAAAGUGACUUUUGUAGGACAAGAAGAGUAUCAAGUGGCUGAAGGUGUGGUGUCUUAUAUUGUAAACCUACAAAGAAGGUCAUGUUGUUGCAGGAUAUGGGACAUAAGUGGAGUCCCUUGCAAGCAUGCAACAGCUUGCAUUACUCAUAAAAGGAUAAACUUGGAGACCUAUUGUGACACAAUGUACUACAAACACAUUUAUUUUAAGGCGUAUGGGGAAAUUAUACAUCCAAUGCAUGAUGAGAGUUUAUGGGGUCCAGUUCUUGGAGAUGAAUUGAAGCCUCCACCUCUUAAGAGGAUGCCUGGAAGACCUAGAAAAAGUAGGAGAAGAGAAGUUGAUGAGGCUGCACCAUCAAAAAGAUCAUGCACUGUGAAGUGCAUCAUUUGCAAAGGGAUUGGGCACAAUAAGAGGACAUGCCAGAGGGCACCUAUUAGGGGUAGGGAAAUGGGAACAAAUGAGUCUGCUCAAAGAGGAAUUGGUACUGUUGUUGAAAGGAGCACUAUUGGAAGGUUCACAGCUACUAAGAGGAGCACUGUUGAUGAUCAAGGACAAGAUGGGGUGCUUCAAACUCAGUGGAGCAUGACUGACUUCAACCAUAGGUAUGCAUGCAAUUGCAUCAUGCAUAACACUUAAAAUAUAUUCAUUUGUGUUUAUUAAUGUGUUGUUCUUUGUUUUUUUAUUUUUCAGGUAAUGUUUUUGUCCAGGAAUUGCUUUUUGUAUAGGGGAUGCUGAAAGGAACUAAAGACUAGGGUAUACUUUUUUGUGUAAUUAGUGGGUAUACUUUUCUAACAAUGUCUUCAUAUUAGUACAUAUUAGAAGACAUGCAUCCUUGCUCACCACAGGUUUUUGAAUUAGGUGGGCUACUACUCUUUUAUUAACUUGCAA